GACGCCUCCCGGCCCGGCGACGUCACCUUCGGAAGGCCCCCUACCCCUAGCUCUCAAAUAAUGGUGGGGAAGGGAGGACCGGGCUGCCCGUAGCGGUGCCUGAACCGGAAUGGAUCCUUCCCGGGAAUGCCCGUUUUCGGAGGACAGCUUCAGUCGCUUCUCCUCCCAGAGCAACAUCUACGGGCUGGCCGCGCUGCCCGGGGCGGCCCGCGGAGGCGGGCGGGGCCAGGGGCAGGAGGAUUUCUCGGGGGCGGGGCUGGGGCAGGAGGAGGUGGGGGUCUCCGAGGGUCCAGGGCAGACCCUGGGGGCAUCCAAAGCUCAUUGGCGCUCCGAAACUGGGCCUGGGGCGGGUCUGGGGGUCUCCGUGCCCACUGCCCCCGGGGGGUGCGGGGACGGCCCCGGGGGGCUCCUGGCCGCCACCCUGAAGGGGAAAGUGAUUUAUUUCCGCUAUCAAGACCUGAGGCAGAAGCUGCGCCCCGUGGCCAGGGAGCUGCAGUUCACCUAUAUCCCAGUUGAUGCCGAGAUCGUCUCCAUUGACACUUUCAACAAAUCACCUCCUAAAAGGGGUUUGGUGGUGGGGAUCACCUUCAUUAAGGAUUCCGGCGACAAAGCCAGCCCCUUCCUUAACAUUUACUGCGACUAUGAACCAGGAUCUGAAUACAACUUAGAUUCUAUCGCACAGAGCUGCUUGAACCUGGAACUGCAGUUUACUCCAUUCCAACUGUACCAUGCAGAGGUCCAGGUUGCUGACCAGCCGGAGACGGUCUUCCUUCUGAGUGGCAAUGACCCUGCUAUCCACUUAUACAAAGAGAAUGAAGAGCUGCACCAGUUUGAGGAGCAGCCGGUGGAGAACCUCUUUCCUGAACUCAAGGAGCUGCCAAGCAACGUCCUCUGGCUAGAUGUGUACAACAUUCCAAACUCAGGGCAACGGAUCACGGCCUUUGGUUGCCAGAGCGGCUACAUCCGAGUUGCCCAGGUUGAACCAGCCAGUCGAGUGGUGCUGCAGAGCUGGAACAUCCAGCAAGACGGUCCCAUCUCCAAAGUCCUGGUGUUUGCUCUGCCAACGUCCUGCUGUCCAGGCGACCCCUCAGGAACCGUGGCUUCAAAUGGUAAUGCUGGCUCCCAGACUCAGAGCUACAGUGUUCUAGUCACCAGCACUCUUGAACUGUCUGUUGUCUACAGGAAUGUGCUGCAGAGAGGCCUGGACGACCAGCUGGUCCUUCCCUUGAGUGACCAGUACGACAGUGUCCUGUGUGCCCUUGUGACCGAUGUCAACUUUGACCGUGAACCAGAGAUCCUGCUUGGCACCUAUGGGCAGGAGCUUUUGUGCUACAAGUACCAGGCCCCGAAUGCUACAGCAGGAGUCCAGCCCUCCAGCCCGUCUGAUGGCGAGUUCUACCUGCUCUGGCAGCGCACUUUCCCCAGCCCCCUCCUGUCCAUGGAGUAUGUCGACCUCACCUGUGACGGCCUCUGUGAACUGGCUGUGGUGUGUCUGAAAGGGCUGCAUAUCCUUCAGCAUAGCCUGAUGCAGACGGCCGAGUGCCUCUUAGAGCGGCUCCGGUUGAAAGUGGCUGGCCAGGCGGCCCAGGUGGCACUUCCUGCACAGCACCAAGAUGCCAAGCCUGAGGAUGGUGAUGGGAGAGGACCAAAGGAGUGAUGGGAGCAGCUGCGCCCUCUUGCCUGUUCGCUUUGCCCAGAAACCAGGGAGGGACAGGACCUGCCAGGCUCUGCCAUGCCACUGCAGAAGGAAAUGAGGACCAAAUCACUGGUUAUGGUGAGGGAGUAAGGAGAUGCUGGGUCCGCCCAGGACCCCCCCAAGCAACGUUUCUUGGAUGUGUCUUGGCCUCUUGGCCUCAGGAAAGAAACCUCUUGCACGAGGCUCCUUGUGAACUGUUGCCAUUCCAUCUCUUCCCUGCCACUCCCCAAAGAGGCUGGCCUGACCAAGAACUCUAUAAAUAGGAAAUAAAUUUUGUACACUUAAGCAGGACAUGCUCUCUGUGUUUGUGGUGAAGGUUUCUAAUUCAAAGAAGAAUAGAAUUGUCCCACUGCUGAACGGCUCUUACUGUCAGAAAGUUCCUCCUAAAGUUCGGUCGGAAUCUCCUUUCUUGUAAUUUGGCUUGGGCCCUGUGUCUUCGGCACUCCUGAAGGGCAACGCAAUAUCUCUGGGUUGUGACUUGGCCAUGCAGCCUAGAGCUGGGGCUGGAAUCCCAGAAGCCGCACAGCUUAUGAAUUCCAACCACUAGCCCACACUGCCUGAAGAGUUCUGCCUUAAGCAGUCAGCUGGAGGAGAAGAAAGCUGUGCCUCUUGCCCUUCCUCCAGGCGAGGUGGACGUGAAGGGGUAGAGCAUCUGCUUUGCAUGCAGAAGUUUCCAGUCUCCACCUCUGGCAUUUCCAGUUAUGGUUAGAAAAAAAGCUCUUCUUAAAAUCCUGGCAAGCUGCUGGCAGUCAAUGCUGACAAGACUGAACGAGGUGGACCCAGUGGUCUGACUCCGUAUUAGUGCCAGAUUACCCAGUAGACAGACUUAAACAAAAGCCCAAGUGAAUCGAGGUUUUGUUAAUAUUUCAAAAAGUAAGUCGUCAUUGAGAGAGAGCUAAGCUGGUACAGCAUGAGACUCUACAUCUCCGGGUUGUGGGUUCAAGUCCUGUGUUGAGCAAAAAGAUUCCUGCAUUGCAGGAGUUUGGACAAGGCUCUCGUUCCUUCUAUGGUUCUCUGGGAAAAAUCAGUUAUCAUGGGAAAAAUCAGAUGAUUGUUACACGCUACUACGCACAACCCAUUUUCCUGUUCUCUCUUUAUUACUUAAUCCCCUACCGAAACCAAGGGGGGCGCCCUGCUAACAUGUAUCAAAAUAACUCGAGGAAAUAGGAUCCUGUCAUUUGUUGCUAUAAAUCUAGGGUGUUUUUUAAAUUUAUUUUAAAAAAAUUAUUUUGCAGGUUAGUAUUUUUUAAAAACUUUGAAUCGCUUACGGAGGCACAACCAUUUUCUCAGUGCUUGGGGCCUCUAAAAUGUCUUAACCCUCCAGCCCUGUUCUGUAUACAGAAGCUUCCUAUACAUUCCGGCAAAUUUCUCAUCAUCUUGAGCAGAGAAAUGUGCUUCUCGGCAUGUAGAAAAACGUCGGGUGUUGUAUCUUUCCUGGGACUAGGUUCUGUUAGUGAGCACGAACAGAUGGCCCAGGAGAGAGGGCACGGAUUAAGCUUGAAUUGCAAUAAUUAGGAAGUGUUUUGCAGCAUCUUAGCACAGCUGGCGAAGCAGCAGCAGCAGCCUCUCUCUCGGUUCGGGAAGCGAUGUGGCAUGCCGUUCCCUGUGGGGUUUUCUCCGACAGGGACGGGCAACCUCUUGUUGGUCCAAUGGUCCAAUUCAAAGAUGGCCAACCUUCCUCCAACCACAUUCCAAUGUGGGUGGGAGCUCAAAGGCGGAAGUGGUUGGGAAACAGAAGGAGAUUCCUGCUGGUAGAAUAAAGUAAAAGAAAGAAACACAAUUCCCUCCAGUGGAAGAAAACAAAAUAAAAACAGAUUCAGACACGGUAAACAACAACACCACACUCCCCGCCAGGAAUGAUCUUCUGGCCAUCCAAGCGGGAUGUUCACUCCAGGACAACAGGGGUGGGUGGGCUUGGUGGUAGGCUGUUUCGAAGGGUGUGGAGUGUGGGCCUUUGAUCUGCCUCCCCCUCCCCCAAUUUUCCUGCUAACUGAGGUUUAAUAAAAUACAAAGCCUUCUAGCUCGAAGCAGAGAGGCUCUGGGCACCAUUUCCUCAAACCAACAGGAGGUUCUUCGGCACUGCUUUUGUGCAGAUAUAUAUAUAUAGCCUCUGAAAUGUGCUCAGAAGAUUCUUUUGUAGACGGUGCUCAUCAUUUCGUUGGUACUUGUUCUCUCGCUGACUGUUCUGCUCAGUAAUCAGAAGGAGGGAAGAGAAAAGCAUAUCCCGCUUCAUUGUCCAAAGCAGGUUAAUUUCCCAUUUCCUUUUAAGUUCUUUUUCUGACUCUCCCAAGGUCUACGGCUGAGUGAGAAGUACAUGCUUAAAAAUAAACUGACAUUCAGAUUAUGCUUUCUCAGGUGUUUCCAAACCCGGCAUUUUAUGUUUGGAAGCCGGAAUUCAGGAAUCAAGAGGACGCCAUAUUGCUCAGAGAAGAACUGGGUUUUUUUUGUUCAUUUCCCAGAAGAGGAACAGAUAUUUGCUGGGUUUUCUGUUGUGAGGAAAGAAAGGUUUCUCUUUGAAGUUCCUCUUGUAGGGAAGAGGGAGGGCUUGUUCCAUCUGUUCUCAGCUGGGACUGCCUUCAGGGCUUGUGUAGACCAAGCCCCUGUUUUCUUCUCUCCUGCAUCCUUCCGAUAACCUUUUAAAAAAACUUUCAUCCCUAUGAACAUAUAUAUAUAUGGUAAGUACCUAUAUAAGAGGUAAGUGCGUUGUAUACAUGGACAUAAUGGUUUCAUUCAGAGUAGACCCGCUGUGUUGUAGCCAGUAUAGUGCUAAGUUAAAAUUACUUAGCCCCCUGUAAAAUAUUUUGCACAAGCAGAAUUGUGCAAGAGUACAGGUAAGCAGACUGCUGGUAACUUCAUUGUGCAAUAGAUUGCUCCAUCCAUGGUCCAACAGAUUCUCACAAGCGCAACAUUAACGUUCGCCCUUCCUUUAAUGCAAGAGCCCUUGCUAGGUGAAUUGCAAACAUUGGAUGCAGUCCACUGAAAUUCAUGAGCCCCGAUUAGGUGUGUCUACGAACUUCACAGGGUCUACUUGGGGCAUUGGAAACAAUACAACUAUAGCAAUUGUUUUUGGCCGGGUGUGUGUGUGUGUGUGUGUGUGUGUGUGUGUGAUCAGAGCACCACGGAAGCGCUGCCCCUCUCUGAUUGUUCAAGGAUCCCUCAUAAGUGGAGAUUCCUCUGACAUGGUCUUUCUUCCAUGUCCAUUCAUUUGUCUUGCAAAUCAAGGGUGGGCAUUUUCAACAGUGGUUGCUGGAUCCCUAAGUCUAGUGCUUCCAAUACGGUAAGGGUCCGACUCUGGGGUUGCGGCGCUCACAUCGCUCUAUAGGCCGAGGGAGCCGGCGUUUGUCCGCAGACAGCUUCCGGGUCAUGUGGCCAGCAUUGACAAAGCUGCUUCUGGCGAACCAGAGCAGCGCACGGAAACGCCGUUUACCUUCCCGCCGGAGCGGUCCCUAUUUAUCUCCUUGCACUUGGACGUGCUUUCGAACUGCUAGGUGGGCAGGAGCUGGGACCGAGCAACGGGAGCUCACCCCAUUGCAGGGAUUCGAACCGCCAACCUUCUGAUCAGCAAGCCCUAGACUCUGGGGUUUAACCCACAGCGCCACCUGGGUCCCUUUCCAAUACGGUAGUUUUACACAAGUCUAUUUCUCAGGCCCUGUGCUCAUCCCUCAGACAAGUCCCCUCUCUUCCAGAAGUUGUGUAUGGCUUGCUUUCUUGAAUAUGGGACACCAGGUCCCCCCCCCCCCAGUCUUUUUUUGCCUUUUCUGCCUUAGUAGCCAUUUUAAGGAUUUAUCCCUGUGCUGUCUUUGGUUGCAGCAUGGCUGGAAUUUUUUUUUGCUUUAAAAUAAGCAGUUAAGGAUAACCAGCAGACAGCCUGACUAUACCCCUGACUGAGGACUGAAAGAAUUAUUAAAGUGUUGAUGGUUUCAACAGGACGGGAAACCUUUUAAUCCACGAGUUCCUACUUCAGCCAGCCAUUUACCUUGCAUGGCUUCCCUUUUCCCUUCUGCUGCUGAAAAAAAUUAAAAUAAAAUAAAAAAUGCACCGCCUUUCUUCCAUAGUACCUCCCAUCCAGAAAUGGAUCAGACCCACACUUGCUUAGCUUCAGCAAGGCUGCUGAGCCAUGGUGAGAGCCAGUGUGGCAUCAUGGUUAGAACAGGCAUCCCCAAACUUCGGCCCUCCAGAUGUUUUGGACUACAAUUCCCAUCUUCCCCGACCACUGCUCCUGUUAGCUAGGGAUCAUGGGAGCUGUAGGCCAAAACAUCUGGAGGGCUGCAGUUUGGGGAUGCCUGGGUUAGAACGUUGGACGGGGACCUGGGAGACCAGGGUUCGAAUCCCCACUAGGCCAUGAAGCCUUGACCCUGAGCCAGUCACUCUUUCUCUCAGCCUAACCUACCUCACAGGGUUGUUGUGUGGAGAUUAAAUGAGGAGGGGGAAGAACCAUGAGUUCCUUGGAGAAAAGGGCAGAAUGUAAAUGCAUUCAAUCAAUCAAUCAAUCAAUGUGCCUUCUGACCAAUUCUUUGCAUGCAUAUGGGAGAAUCAGGUGAUCUGUGUGUUGAUGCAGGAGAAGAAAAUAAUAAUAAUAUGGAAAGAAGAAUUCUUGGAAGCCAAGAUCCAAGUUUGGGGCAGGUGAGAGAACCCCAAUAGAGAUUUAAAAUCAGAGAAUGUGCAGCAGUAAAGCGGGGAAAUACAGGAUGUUUGGAAGGAAUGUGCCCUUCCAAGUUCCUCCCAAAGUUUCCCCAGCGUAGAAAAAGACCACACGUUUGGUAAGUUAAAAAUAGUUUACAGUGGAACCUUGGUUUAAGAACAGCUUAGUUUAUGAACAACUUGGAUUAAGAACGCUGCAAACCCGGAAGUAGGUGUUUUGGUUUGUGAACUUUGCCUUGGAAGCAGAACAUGUUCCACUUCCUGUUGAGUGUGAACUGAGUCCCCCACUGUUAUGGGAAAGCAUGCCUUGGUUUAAGAACACUUUGGUUUAAGAACGGACUUCCGGAACAAAUUAAGCUCGUAAACCAAGGCAACCACUGUACUUACAAACUAUCCAAAGGUCAGAUUCAUGUACUUUUCCAUACAGCAUUCAGAAAAAGUUGCACAGACAGAAAACUUGGCUUAGUUGCAGUGGUGAAAGUUCCCAAAUUUUUUUGGUACAGAAACUCAAGAAAGGCUUGUAAGAUCCAUGAGGUCGGAGCUGCAGCAAUCAGCUCAGACCUCCUCCCAUCCAUUUCUGGAUGGGAGGUUCUAUGGAAGAAAGGCUUCUCAGAUAGACUGAUGGAGAACAAUAGGACUGAUUACCUAGUCCCUCCCAAGCUGAGCAAAUCGAGGCAGGACAGCUUACUUUAUGGUUUUAACCCCUUCAUGCUUUAAUUAGACUUACUGUACUGUAAGCAUGUUGGCUAUAUGAGGCUGGUUAUCCCACCCUAUGGCUGUGGAGAACCUUCUGUCAAGUCAUACCACAGUGCAUACCUCUGAACAACCAAUGUUAGAAACAUUUUCUGUCAGUGCAGCUAUAGCCUUGUUAAGUUUUCUUAUUUAGGUAUUCUAUUUAUAUGCUGCUUAAGACUAAACCUGUUAAGUGGGUUACACUACUCUGAAUACAUUUUUUUAAAAAAAAAAUCCAGGCAUUUUAAUAAAAGUUUGAUCUUGCAGU